CUAAAAAUGGAAAAUUAUAAGAAAGUUUGAGGGAGUUGAUCCCCUCCACCUGGACCUCCAAAUGCCAUUCCCUCUCUUAAUACAAAGGGAAAAAAACAGAAAAGCGAGGAAGAGAUUUGCUAUAAAAUAAGACCGGGCCAUUCGUUUCGUAGUUCGAAAUUCAGCUCAGCCUCACUGUGAUGUUGCUAAGGCUGCUUUAUUGGUGAACUUGGGAGCAUCUUGUUAUUGAUUUCUAAUCAUUUUUCUAUUAAAAUAAGGACAUGGGUUAUUGGUUUUUGUGUGGAAAUGCUAAAGUUUCUAGAUUUUCAUGUGGGUUGAGGAGGGGAUUUAAUUACCAGCAGAAUUUCAGUCUAGUUAAUGUUAAGUUGAAAUGGGUUAAAGAUAAAGCCUUAGAUGCCGUUAUUGCUGGUGAAAGAGAUUUGAGAGCAGCCUGCAAUAUUGUUUCCAUCCUUUCCUCUGCUUCCAAUUACUGUCUCCCCAUUUACCAUCUGUCCCGGCAUCGUGGUCAACUCGGUCUGCCCCAUGAUCUUAAGCUAUCCACAUUUAUCAGGAGAUACCCUACUGUUUUUCAUGAGUUUUAUGUGUUUGACAGCGGUGGCACUCGUGUUCCUUGCUUUGAGUUGACCGCUGAAGCCUUAAAUCUUUACCAUGAAGAAGUUGGUGUUAUCCAGGAGAGUGUGAUUAAUUUGCUUGACAGGCUCCGCAAACUGCUGAUGCUUACCAAGGAUAGGACCCUUCCUUUACAAACUAUUGACCAGCUGAAUUGGGAUUUGGGAUUGCCUUAUAAUUACAGCAAUACCUUGAUUCCACAUUACCCGGAUUUAUUUUCUUUGGUUCACCUUGCUGAUGAUCGCAUUGGUUUGAAACUUUUAUCAUGGGAUGAUACGCUUGCUGUCUCCCAAUUAGAGAAGAAUGCUUUUCUGCAAAUGGAAGAUGAUUUGAAUAAUAACUGUUUAGCCUUUCCAAUAGGAUUUACAAGGGGUUUUGGAUUGAAGAGGAAAUGCAUGGAAUGGUUAAAAGAAUGGCAGAAACUACCUUAUAGUUCACCUUAUGCUGAUGCCUCUCACUUGGAUCCACGUACUGAUGUCUCAGAGAAGAGAAUCGUGGGCGUGUUUCAUGAACUUCUUCACCUUACCAUACAGAAGAAAACUGAACGUCGAAAUGUGAGUAAUCUACGCAAACCUUUGUCACUGCCUCAGAAGUUUACCAAGGUGUUUGAGCGCCAUCCUGGCAUCUUUUAUAUUUCCAGGAUGUGUGAUACACAAACUGUUGUUCUUAGGGAAGCCUAUGAUUGUCAACGGCUUAUUCAGAGACAUCCCCUUGUUGAUAUAAGAAAAAGAUUUGCAAGCAUGAUGAGAAAAGGAUUUCUGGAUAGAAGCAGGGGCUUAUACAAGAAAACUGUCAAUGUUGGUCAUGAGGACCCAUCAAAGAUUGUUCCUGGUUCUGAAGUGGAGUCAGAUUGUGAUUUAUUUUCCGAAUAUGAUUCUGAUGACUCAAUUAAUUGCCCUUCCUGAAUUUCUUUGGAAAAAAAUGUUAAGAUUCUGGUGUUGAGAAGGCAUAUGCUGCAAGCAGGUUGUCAACUUUCCUAUUCAUUUGGUGGAUGAGAUUGUCAGUAAUCACAGUGCACCCCGUCAACAGAGAUCAUGUGUAUCUAAUAAACAUAAAAUUUACACCCUUGUAGCUACAUUGGGUUCUGCACACCUAGUAGGGAGUUUUUGGGAUAUUAUCUGAUUGUUCUACUGGAUUGUACAUUCCUUCUUUGGUACACAAAUAUCCAUGAUUUGACUGGAAUAACAGCUUUUAAGAAAUUUUGAAUAUUUAGCUGCUCUCAAUGUCUAUAUGCAUUAGCUUGAACUACAACAGAUGCCUCAGAAACAGGAACCACUUCCAAAUCUGUCCUCAUCUAUCCUGCAUCUGUUGUAGAGGCUUGGUCAGUGAUGGUUAGAACUGCAAAAGCCUAAAGCAACCAUGACUUUUGAGUGGAUAAAAGAUGCUCCUCUAUACUAAGGAACAAGGAGUACCAUUUGCAUCUCUUGAAGGAAGAAAAAGAAAAGAUUGUAUUCCAGCCAAUCUAAAAUGUGAUUGUUAAAAAUUUUGACUGGUGUGAUGCUUAUUUGAAGUGGAGUUGUUUAUCCUUUGUAAGUUACCUGAGUUUUCCAUGUUCUUCCUAGUCUGGUACCUGCUUAAGCUAGGAGCCCUCUGUCACAAAUGUAACAUACUGCCUUUUUAAAAAAAAAAAAUAUUUUAUUGCACAAA